CAUCGUUGCUGAUUCAAAAUAUUAGACCAUUGACAAUGCUCAAUAUCGAUAACUAUCAUUUACGAAUUACGAUGACGUCGUGUUGACAUAAUAAUAUUACAAUAAUAUUGUUAUUUCAAACUUUCUGUCGUUUUCAUGGUUUUUCGUUCGUCUGCCGCGGUCGCCGAUGAUUUUUCUCGCAGGCCACAAUCGUAACCACUUCGAUUUCGUCGACAAAAGCGAUUGCGCGCGGAAUCGAUGUCGCGUACACAGCUACAACUAUAAUACUCAUCACAAGGCACAAUCUAGCGAAUAGUAUCUACAAACAGAACGGACGUCCAUACUAUCGUAGUGUCCUGUGUUCGCCGCGUAAUGUAUUUACUAUAUAGCGCGACCACCGAGCAGCAGGCAGGCAGGCAGCCCCCAGCGGCCGAGCAAGAAAUCAAUACUUUCCACCGACACCUAGUGGGACGGUGUCGUGUACGUUUCGAGAGGCGUUCUCGUCGUACACCGUCUUAAUAAAACGAAUUCUCGAGUCAAGUCUUUCCAAACCGAGAUACCUACUUACCACCCAUGUAUGUUUGAGUAAACGAUAGUCGGGGGAGGAGGCUCAGAACAAUGUCCGCCAAACAGACGCCAUCAAUCAUUGGCAAAAUUUACAGAGCAUACGAAAAGCCGUCCAACCACAGUCAUUGCGUUGUUCUGGAAAAUCGUAUGCAAGCUGAAGUAUUGUUGUUUGAAAACAACACUCUGUGCACUGCCACGGUCAGUGAGUUUGACACAUUCAAACGACAGUGUGUGAAAAUAGUAGAUGCCUACGGAUGCCUUGGUGUUUUGAAUGUAAACAUCGAGAAUAAAAUAGCACUAUUCUUGGUGCUGGUGACUGGGUGUCAGUCAGUUGGCAAGAUAUCUGAUGCAGAAAUAUUCAAAAUCACGCAGACCACGUUUGUUUCAUUGCGUAAGCAACAGAGCGAUGACUAUGCAUCCGAAGUACGGAAGCUUUUAAACAGUGGUAGUUUUUAUUUUUCGAGGUAUGUGUCACAAGAUGUUCGUUUUGAUUUGACCCUGUGCGCCCAGAGACAAUGGAAUAACUGUGUUCCUGAUAAACGUUUCUUUUGGAACCGCAAUUUACAUGUAUAUUUUAUUCACUUUGGAAUUGAUACCUCCCAAUGGUUAAUGAAAAUUGUUUGUGGAAGUAUUGAGAUAAAAACUGUUUAUGCAAGACACAAGCAAGCCAGAAUCGCUAUAAUAUCAAGAUUGAGUUGUAGAAGAGCUGGAACUAGGUUCAAUGUCCGUGGUUGUAACGAUGACGGUUAUGUUGCAAAUUUUGUUGAAACCGAACAAGUUAUAUACUUGGAUGAUGAGGUUACUUCUUUUGUGCAAAUAAGAGGUAGUGUACCACUAUUUUGGGAACAACCAGGAAUGAAUGUUGGAGCGCAUAAAGUAAAACUGUCAAGAAGCAUAGAAUCUUCAGCAGACGUUUAUGACAAACACGUUAAAUUAUUAACAGAUUGUUAUGGUAAUAUAAUUUUCAUUAAUUUGUUAGGUGGAGCAAAUUCAAAUAGUAAAGAAAAUGAAUCUGCAUUGAGCUAUGCAUUUGAACAAAAACAUUCCACUUCAGCAUUUUCUUUCAUACCAUUUGUUGCAUUUGAUUAUCAUCAAGAGUUUAAAAGUAAUGGUGAUAAGAGUCUACAAAAAUUGAAGAACUCAGUUAAUCCAUAUUUAGACUCAUUUGGUUUGUUUUAUGCAAAAGGUAACUCUGUUGUAAAACACCAAACAGGUACCAUGAGAAUAAAUUGUACCGAUUGUCUUGAUCGUACAAACUGUAUUCAAAAAUUUUUUGCUCUUGAUAUGUUGGCCAAACAACUGGAAUUUCUUUGUCAAAAUGAAACUGAUCAAAUAAUAUCAAGAUUUGAAGAAGUAUUUCAACAGCUUUGGGUAAACAAUGGCAAUGAGAUAAGUAGAAUAUAUGCUGGAACGGGUGCAAUACAAGGUGGAUCUAAAUUAUUAGAUGGAGCUCGAUCUGCAGCCAGAACUAUUCAAAAUAAUCUUUUGGAUUCUAGUAAACAAGAAGGAUUUGAUAUAUUAUUAUCAGGUAAUGCUUUUAACAAUGAGUUGUUAGCAAAAGCUAAAGCAUUACUUCCUUAUAACACUUGGCAAUGUCAUCCAGAUUUGGCAGAAGAGAUGUGCAAAAAGUAUAAAUCUUAUACUUACACGAGUAAUUUAAGAAUUUCUGUUGCUACAUACAAUGUAAAUGGAGGUAAACAUUUUUUGAAUUUUGAUUCUAGUAACUUGGAAUCCUUAUCCAAAUGGCUCUUGGAUCCCUAUAAAGUCUCCUUAUUUGAUCUAUCAAAAAAGUUCUUCCUAAAUGAUGAUAAUAAUAAUCUUCCUGAUAUUUAUGCAAUUGGAUUUGAAGAAAUUGUUGACCUAAAUGCCAGUAAUAUUAUGGCUGCUAGUUCAAACAAUGCAGACUCAUGGAAUAAAAGUCUUAAAAACAUUUUGUCUUCUAAAAGGAAUUAUGUCCUACUUACUAGUACACAACUAGUUGGUGUUUGUCUGUUUAUAUUUGUAAAACCAGAACUAUUACCUUAUAUUAAAGAUGUUACUACAGACUUUGUUAAGACAGGAAUGGGAGGAACAACUGGUAAUAAAGGAGCUGUAACUGUAAGAUUCACUUUAGAUGCUACAAAUCUUUGUUUUAUAUGCUCUCACUUUGCUGCCGGGCAAUCACAAGUUGCUGAUCGUAAUGCAGACUUCAAUGAAAUAGCGAGAAAAUUGAAAAUUCCAAUUCAAUCGAAUGAUUAUGUAUACUGGUGUGGAGAUUUUAAUUAUCGGGUUGAUAUGGAUCGUUUAGAUCUCAUAAAUCAUGUACUAGAUGGAGACUUAGAAGAAGUUUUAAAGUAUGAUCAACUUUUAGCUCAAUGCAGAGACAAAAAAGUAUUUGAAAACUUCUUUGAAGCUCCUAUAACAUUUCCUCCAACUUACAAAUAUGACAUACUAUCAGAUGAAUAUGACUCGAGUGAUAAAUGUCGUACACCAGCUUGGACUGAUCGAGUACUUUGGUACUGUAAUGAAAGUAAUAGUUGGCCAAACGGUAAGCAAGUAUUCUAUGGACGUGCUGAAAUCAAAGAGAGUGAUCACAGGCCUGUAACGGCUUGUUAUGAAAUUGAAAUUCUGUGUGUUGAUCAAACUCAAAGGGAAAGAGAAUUGAAUAAAAUAUGGAAUGAAUAUGGACCAAUUGAUGGAGUUAUUUUAGUACAUAUUGAAAACACUGACUUUCCUCUAAAUGAUGAAUCAUUUAAAAAUAUAAUGCUUCAAGGUUUGGGUUCUUUUGGUAAAAUUUUAAAUGCCAGAUAUUUCACAGAUCAUGCCGAAAUCACUUAUGAAAAUGGCCGUUCUGCAGCUAAUGCUUUGAAAAUAAAACAAAUAUCAAUCUACAAUUAUACUCUAAUUUUAACUGCUAAAGAUAAUAAUUGGGCAUUAGCUAUAAAAAAUGAGAUUGAAACUAUCACAAACAACAAUGUGCCCUUAUGGACGGAUAAGUUGAGACCAGCUCCAAUGAGACCUCCAUUACCUGCGAGGUCUGAUCAAAGUCCGAAUUCUGAUGGAAUGCCGAACUAUCCACCACCCUCAAAUGUUCCUUUACCACCAUUACCCCCAAGACAAAGAAUGCCUCCUCCACUCCCUCCUAGAAAUGGGUGAUGCUACUGUGUUAACUUAAGUAUAUUAUUAUCAGUCCAAUAUUAUAAUUAUUAUAAACUUACCUAUUGUAUUCAUAAUAUUACAUUAUAUUUUAAUUGUAUGCGGAAUUAUGUUUUAGAUUAUAGGCUAUUGUUAUUUAUGCUAAUUAUUAUCUUCUCUAAUGUUACUUUAUUAACUAUUAUUUAUUAGAUAUUUAUUAUAAAAUUAAAUGUGUUAUUUAAUGUUUAAUUUGAACAAAUAAAUACUACAUAACAAUAAUGUUAUUUACUAUGCAUACUUCAUACUUUUUGUUUUUGUUAUUUAAUUUUUUGCCGUGUUGUUUUGCAUUAGGAUUAUAGUUCCUGAAAUUGUGUUUGCAUGUUAUUAUUUCUGUUAUUUUGUUAAUAUAGUAUUA